GCAGAGAGCAGAGUGGGAGGUUUUCCGCGCGACCGUCCUGUCCUGCACGGAUUGACAGCUCGUUCUCUCCUGGAGUAGCCGUUAGCUCAGUCGCUGCGCUACCCGGCUAUUUGAAUGGUUUAGCGGCGGAAAGCAACGCGCAACUGGGAUGCGAGUAUUAUAACACUCGAGCUAGGCUUCUUAUUAAGAAAAACGGAAGCCACGCUGCCCAGUGCGGAGAAAAGGUGAGAGGCUGAGUGAGCGAGGGAGCUAGUAAGAGAAGGAACAAAGAGAAAGAGAGAGACAGAGGCCAUGGACCAUCAGAGACAGAGGGCUCUCUCCACAUCAGGGGAAUCACUGUAUGCUGUCCUGGGAGUCGACAAGAAUGCCACAACAGAGGACAUCAAGAAGUGUUACAGGAAAUUGGCACUGAAGUUUCACCCAGAUAAAAACCCAGACAAUCCAGAUGCAGCCGAAAAGUUCAAGGAAAUCAACAACGCCCACUCCAUCCUGGUCGACGCCACUAAAAAGAACAUCUACGACAAAUAUGGCUCGCUGGGCCUCUAUGUGGCGGAACAGUUCGGAGAGGAAAAUGUCAACACCUACUUUGUUCUGUCCAGCUGGUGGGCGAAGGGCCUGUUCGUGUUCUGCUGCCUGGCCACGGGCUGUUAUUUCUGCUGUUGCCUAUGUUGCUGCUGUAACUGCUGCUGCGGAAAAUGUAAACCUCGGCCGCCCAUGGACCAAGAGCCCGAGUUCUACGUCUCCCCCGAGGACCUCGAGGCCCAGAUGACCGCUGACGAGAGAGAUGGCGGUGAGCCCAUCGUGAUGCAGCCGUCUUCAGCCACAGAAACCACCCAGCUCACCUCUGAUGCCCACCAAAGCUACAAGACCGACACAUACUAAACACACACACAAUGACACACGUCACACUUCAUCACUGCUACAUUAUCAGCCGCCAACACACACAACUGGCUCCACCAUAAUCACAGGACGGAUGCAUAUUCUGCACACACUUUUAACACUUUAUCGUCGGUUUCCUUCUUCCUCCACACGCAGAAACACACAUGCACGCGCACGCACACACACCAGCAAAUACUACUACCACUCAGCCAAAUGUUGUUGAGGUGCGGUUAAAGAGGGGUGGAGGAGUGAGGAAGACAUGAGGAGAGAAAGGGAGAGAAAGAGACUAAAUCAACUUCUCCCAGCAAAACACAAACGACCCUGUCCAACCUUGGAGACACAUUUAUUAAAUACAUGACAAUAUGGAUCUACAUACAUGCAGCCUGAUAAAAUACGUCAAAAAUGACUGAAAAAAUUUUAUGUUUAUAAAUUGUUGUGACGGGUUUGUUGAGCAAGAUUGCGUAUACAUUCUAGGUGACCACACUGAGCAACAACCACACUUAAGAUAAGUCGUAAAGCUUAACAGUAAUGCUUUUGUCAUGUGCCGUUGUGGUGUAAGAUAGAAAAUUCAAUCCCCAGCCAAUUACUUUCAAUCUUUUUAGCAAGAAAACCAGCACAAUUUAAAGAAUCUGUCGUAAUGUUGGAGAGGAGAUUGUUUUUGCUUUCGUCUUGCAUGAAUCUAAAAUUUACGCUUCCCGCAUACGUUUAACAGCCUUUUCUUAUCUUCCGUGGUUUGCCCUGGCCGUCCACACCCAGCCACAAAUAUGUGAUACGCUCUGCUACAUGUAUGCAGUGAGCAUACGUGCUGCUGUAUGUGACCACAUUAAACAGACAACAAACAAACAGCUUCCUGCACACAUGGCUGUUUGGACCAUAUCUGGACGUUAAGUGUCCUUGAAGCUAAUCAGGAGGAAAUACAGAGAGAGAGAAAAGCUCUUUUUACCUGUCAUUCAACAAUUUGUUAACUAACAUCUGGAUUUUAUUAAUCAUGGAUUUUUUCUACCUGCGCAUGGGAAACUGUCUAGUUUUAGCUUGCUGGGAAACAACUAGGUCAGAGAUCCUGUCUGCAUGUUCAGGGAGGAGUUGACAGGCCCGGUUGGGGUGUAGGUGUUUAUUUGUCCUCAAUACCCUCAUGAACAUUGGGAUAGGAGGGGGCAGAUCACACUUCAACAGCUGCUGCUCUGGCUUCAGGUUCCAUUGCUUUUCUUUUUUCAAUCAAAUGGUGCAAAAUCAGUGUAGUCAUGUUCCCCAGUUAGCCUUUCAUCACAAACCAUUCUCGGCUGGACAGAAAUGCCUUGAGAUUCAUCUGUCCUUCCUUGUGGAAACACUGGAAAACUUGCAGCUGCUGGGGCUGAAUCUCAAUCAGCUCUGGCACGCAUGGCCAUGAUCAAACAGGAAGCUGGAAGUCAGCACCAGCCAGUCAGACAAAUAAUACUCCUAAACUUUUAUUAUAUAAACUGGGCUUCUCUGCUCUCACAGGGCGCUCUUCUCUUCAUCAGUUACUCUCAUUAUUAAUUGAAAACAUAAUCACUCUUGGCAGUGAUUAGAUCUUUUUUUUUUUUUUUUUUUUUUUUAAUUAAUGCUGCUCCGCUGUGGGUUUACUGACGUCUUCUCUCCUCUUCCUCUUCUUCCUUUACUUUUUUCUUCCUUCAUGUUCAACCUCAAUUCACUUUCUCAAUCACAUGUGAAUUAAUCAGCUUCCUCGUUCACAUUAAAGCAGAGUACAGUGUUAUUGGUAGACGUUAACAUAUUUUAGUGACCACUUGCUGUCACCCAGAAGAACAUACACACAGUACAAACAUACAGUAUAUAUAAACAUACAUUACACACUGAUUGAGCCCCCUUUUUUGUUUCUAGUGUUCAAUUUGUUUUGUGAAAAGUUAAAAAUGCUGUACAUGUCGUGUAAAGUGUAUGUCUAGAUUUCACUGUAUUUCUUUGAGUUGGUCAGAUAUUUUAACACUUUUUCCUCCACUUGUCUCUAGAUUUGCUCUUUUUUUGUUUUGUUUUUCUUAUUUAUGUCGUUAAUGAAGGGAGGACAUUGAUAUCCAAAGUCCUGAUCGUUCAUUGUAGAAAAUGCAAUCAUCGUAGCAAAUGGACGGCAGUUUACAACAAUCAGACUAGUUAUGAUAUAAUUUUACUAAAACAAUACUAGUAGUUCUGUAUUUGUCAGAGACAACUAGCAGUCCAGUAAUAAGAAAACACAGGUGCAUCAGAAACAUCGUCGUUGUUUGUGUCAGUAGUUUCAUUUUCGUAAACAAAAAAACCUACACUGAACCAAACACGCUAAUUUAUUCACUGUAUUUUGAUUUCUUAAUGAAGUACACACUCAGUAUGUAUUUAUACAUAUCAUGAGAGAGUGCAGUAAAUGCAAAUGAAGUCUUUUUUCACUGCUAACCUCAACUCUUAGAUUUCAUAUCAAAAGGUUUCAGAGAAUUUGCAGGUUCACAGUUUUAGGCCCCAAGAAAAAAAAAAUGAAAUGGAGUUAAAUCCAGUUAUUGAUCAUCUUUGCCACUUAAUACCACAACUCUUUUAUACAUCUCUACAGAACAAAGUGGUUACAAUAUGUGCCCUGUCUGAUUUACUGAGGACUUUGAAUUCCAUUCACAGUUUGAUGUUGUCUGGUUUUCAUUCCUGGUUGUUUUUUGUUAAAGUUUUAAUUUGGACUUUUGGUCCAGUGUAGGAUUAAAAUACCUUUAAGGGCCUUUUAAUGUGUUUUUCUGAAACCUGCAUACUCCAUUUUCACUCUGUACUUGAUUAGUUUUGUACUUUUAGACAUGUGACCAUUGACAUGCCACACCACAACCCUAAUUUCUUACAUUUUUUCCUCUAUUGACCAAACAUGCAACAGUGUAUGAGUGAAUGCAGCGUGAAGCCUGAAAUAACAUAAACUUGGAGUCAAGAUACUUUCAUUACUCAAUCUUAAAUAAUAACAAAUAAUAAGAACUGAUGUAAGUGUGAAUAUAGCGACCAGAUUAUGAUAAUAUUGAAGCAUUAUUUUAUUUAUUUUAUUUUUCUUAUCUUUUUAAUAAUUGAUUAACUACAAGGGGAUGUAUAGAAUUUUAGAUGUGAACCAUUUUGACAAUGAAGUGACAAAAUGGCUGACCUGCUGUAUAUACACGCAGUGGCACAGUACAUAGAGAUGUAGAGGCUUUCUGUUUUUAGCAUGGACUGAUGUUUGCAUCUGUCAGGCAGACGUAUGGGUAAAUCUGAUGUACUGUUGUAAAAUAAAUGUUUCUGAUGCUUCAGAA